AUGUGCCCACACAUAAGGCGUGUGGGAAUCUCUACUUUAGCGGGCUCGACACGCGGUGCUGCCCUCGGGGGCCCGCAGACCCAACACAUGUGGCCCAGCCUCCCCAAUACGGUGGCCCCUCCUGUCCCCACGGGGUCCGCCUCACACCCCAGGGGCACACAAGCCGCAGUACCCCCCCCUUGGCGGCGGGACAACGCCCGACGCCCCCCUCCAUGGGGCCCACCUCCGCUCCCCACCCACCUUCCCGGCCCGGGGCGCCCUCGAGGGGCGGCGCGCCGGCUGCGGGGGUUUUCAAUACGACUAUGGGGCUCUAGGGGUCGUCUCACUCCUCCCUCGGCUCUCGGCCCGUCCGAUCAGGGCCCAGUCACCGACCGUCAGGAACAGCACGGCCAAGCUGCGGGGGCGCACAGGCCCUGGCGACGGUCCGAGGCACUUGACGGCGGCGCAGACGACACCGCUAUACCCCGCGGCCGGUUCCGAGUUCUCACCGACGCGCCCCCGCGCCGCGGUGCUCCGCGCACUGAGGCGGCCCUGCGAACUAUUUUCCGGGAGUACGCGCCCGCGGCGUCUCAGCCUUUCCCCGUCGUUCGUGCAGCGAUGAUGCGAGGGCUCGGGAGUCGCGUCCCCUCGCCACCGACGCGUAUGCCCUGCGGCUCGUGGCGCUUCCCGACCCGAACUCCUAGGAUGCACCGACGGCACUACGCGCCGGCCCCGUCAAACUGCUCGGCACAUGCUGAUAGGCUACUAUCCAUUCCAGCCCUCCCGCCCGCGGAUCCUUCCCUCCGUGCUAAGUUCACCCUUCCACCGAACCCCUACCCAUACCCUCCCGCCCUUGUUAUUUCGGGCAUUCAGUAG